AUGGCAGAGUUACCCGGAACGGAGGACAGUACUGUAAUUUACAGGGAUAAACCUGUUGUCGCUCAAAAGCUUCAGAAGUUCAUUGAUUCCGGUCUCAAAAACUUUCAGAUUGUGGCAGAUUUCGAUUACACUAUGACAACAUGGGACCCCAAAGGAACCUGUUUUAGUGUCAUCAGGACUUACCCUGGCUUCGGCGAAGAGUUUUUUGCAAAAGCAGACGCAAUAAAAAAGAAACAUCUUCCAAUUCACCUCGACUUCUCACUGCCUGAAGAAGUGAGAAAAGAAAGUGACUACCAAUGGUUCUCCAAAACAAUUGGCUGUUUUGUGGAAACAAAGUUUCCUAAAUCCCUAAUCCCGGACAUGCUGGAAGCAUCACGUUGUCGGCUCCGUUCCGGAGUUGUUGAAUUCCUUAAACUUGCUCACCAGCACAACAUUCCUGUGCUUAUCUUCUCCGGGGGGAUCAAGGACGUUAUCGACGCCAUGUUGGAACGAGAAGGGUGCUACUUUAACAAUAUCUCGAUAAUAUCAAACAAGCUGAUAUACGAUGAUAACGAUAUUAUGGUUGGAGCAGUGAAGCCGUAUAUCACAGCGUCCAGUAAACUUGAGGUAGCCAGAGAGGACGAGUAUUUUACCAGAGUUAUUCGGGAUCACGUGUUGUUGCUAGGUGACAUGUUAUCUGAUCUCAAGAUGGCAUCGUGUGUCAAGUACACGGACAUGUUAUCUCUGGCCUUUUGUAAUCAUGAUAACGAUAAGGAACAGUACGGGGAGCAUUUUGAUGUGUUACUGAUGGGUAACCCUGGUUUUGAUAGAGUUAAUGAACUGCUGAGACAAAUAUUUGGGGGUGGAGACACUGGAGAGGCUGUUAAAUCAGAACUUUAA